CGGCUGGUCGUGACGAUCGAAAUCGUUGUUGGUCCGUGCGUUUCUUCUCUUCAUUUCUUUUGUUUUUAUAGUGAAACGCGAGGGUGAAGCAAAAUGGCUAGCAACAGGGCUACCAAGUCCGGAUUCGCGGCUGAAGCACAGAGAAAGAUUAAUAGUAAAUACAGCGAGGAGCUGGCGCAAGAAUGUUUGGAAUGGAUCAAGACGAUCACAGGCGAAAAUAUAAACACCAACGGGGACAUGGACAAUUUCUAUGAAAUCCUGAAGGACGGGACGCUACUUUGCAGACUAGUGAACGAUAUUAAGGAGGGAUCGGUAAAGAAGAUUAAUAAAACCAGCUUGGCCUUCAAGUGUAUGGAGAAUAUCAACGCAUUCCUCGAGGCUGCGAAAGGGUUAGGUGUCCCUGCUCAAGAGACCUUCCAGACUGUUGAUCUCUGGGAAAGACAAAAUCUCAAUUCAGUUGUGAUUUGUUUACAAUCCCUCGGUAGAAAGGCGGGUAACUAUGGUAAACCAAGUAUCGGACCAAAAGAAGCAGACAAAAAUAUCCGUAAUUUCACCGAGGAACAAUUGAGGGCUGGACAGGGUGUAAUUAGUCUGCAAUACGGCAGCAAUAAGGGUGCUAAUCAGAGUGGCAUUAAUUUCGGGAACACUAGACAUAUGUAAACAUCUUUCAUCUAAAUGUCAUUUCGAAAAAAUUCCAAUUUCACUCGCGUCUCUUAUUUUAUCUUUACGAUGUACUAGACUUAGGGACAAAAUUUUGUUGUACAACAAUGUUUCUUGUCGUGGUCCAAGUUAAUUCUAAAUGGUACACAAAACGCAUCGUGCCA